GAUCUUUGCAAAGUGUUCGACCACCAACCUCGACAUUAUACCGACACUACCACCCAGGGAUUUAGAAACAUCCCGUUAAUUUCUAGGGUUCCGCCUCGCAGGGUCUCGUAUAUCAGCAUCGUCGGGAGGACAGAUCCCCUCUCUACUAGUGAUAAACAAGCUCCUGAGCCCGUGCUUGCCAGCAACCAUGCCUCCAGCAAAGCGGCGCAAACUCAGCCCUACGUCUGAUGACGAGCCGCACGAGCCAGACCAAGGGGACCAAGGCGCCCAAAACGAGCAAGACGAACGAGGAGACGCAGGCAGCACUGCGCUGCCAGCGGCCGCUGGACAAGAUCAAGCAAAGGAAUCAACGACCGAAUCUUCCACAACUCAAUCCAAUGCAGAACCAGAACCAGAACCAUCAUCCAGUAAUGUUGACGCAGCGCCGCUUCCUCCCGCUUCUUCUUCCACCACCACUAGCGCAGCAGACAGACUAGCACGCUUCGCAGCCCUCAAAUCACGAGCCACAGCAUCAGCCAAAUCAAACCUCGCCGAAGCCAAAGCAGAAGCCAACCGCGCAGCAAUGGACCCAGGACUCCUGGCGAGUCUGAACCGAAAAGCAGCAAUAGCAUCGCACAACCUAUUAAAGGCAGAGACCGAGGAAGAAGAGGGCACCGGGGCAUUUGAACGCAAGCGCGCAUGGGAUUACACGAUUGAGGAAACCGAGAAAUGGGACGCCCGCGUUCAACAGAAGAAGUACAACCGGGACAACAACGCGUUCCAGGACUACAGCACCGAAGCGAGCAAGAUGUACGACCGACAGAUCCGAGAACUCGAAAAGGCCGCCCGCAAGGACGGCGGCAAGAACAGAGAAGAAUAUGAGCGUCAAAAGGCCGAGCUGCUAGAACAAGCCGCCCGCACCGGCGGGUUGGAGAUUGUCGAGAUGGACAACGGCGAACUCGUCGCCAUCGAUAAAGAUGGUCGCUUCUAUGCCAACCACGACAGUACGGGUUUCGUCGAACAGAAGCCCAAGCGUGAGAAUGUCGAUCGUCUCGUCGCCGAUUUGAAGAAAGCCGAAGAGGCCAGAUUCAAGAAACGUCGUGACCGUGGCCGUGAAACCGAUGAUGGAGACGUCACUUAUAUCAACGACAAAAACAAACAGUUCAACCUUAAGCUGGCGCGGUUUUAUGAUCGCUACACUGCGGAUAUUCGCGAGAGCUUUGAAAGAGGAACGGCCAUUUGAUUUGGCUUGGACGAGGUUGUUGCUCGUUCUGUCAUCUGUAACUGUUGCAUCUAUAUACUGCAGUUUCUUUGGGCAGUCCUGGCUAUGAUCAAGUAUGUCUAUGGUGUAUGACAAUAUUCUAAAAUCAAGUACAUUGUACAGUUCCCUACUGGACCAAGACAACUUCAAAUGCGAGCGUUGGUUGCAGCAAAUUGCAGGCGCAAGUCGGCCACCACCACGCGCGAAAUCCAAAUAUAUACGACUACUAGUAGCUGCCGUUGAUCGCUCUUGAUGAUCCGGUCUACUCUUUAUCCAGUCCCGAGAGUAAGUCGAUCAAUACCACUCAGGCUGUAGGUAACCUUCAGUCUGGUUUUGGUGGAAUAGUAAAGUCUGUAUUUAUCCAUCACAUUAUGGCUCUGCUUAUUAUACACACUGCCUUCAUACUAGGUAGGCACCAUUGGAAAGAAAUCAUACAAUGACGCCAUUUUCAUUUAACAAUAGUCCCAGCCGCUUCUCUCGCGACAAAAUCUCAAAGAAGA